AUGGUGGCGGCCACCAUCAGUUUCCCCAGAAGGCGUAAAAACACCACAGAGUGUAACCAUCUGACUCCCCAAAAGAGGAGGAGGCAGUGUGUGACACCUGAGGUUGCUCAGAGUCCAGUCACCCUGGGUCCCAAAAGUCCUGCGCCUGCUGCUGAUCAGGCUGUGGAUGUGGGCGCUGAGGUCCGAGGUAACCACUGGGAUAGGCCUGCAGAUGAGAGUGACAGUUCUUACCAGUUCAGCGUCUCCUUUGUCUGGUUUUUGGGGUCAUGA